AAGAAGCCUUUUUCUCCUCCUCCUUUCUUCUUUGAUUCCACACCAACCCACCCCAUUUCUUUCUACUCUCUCUGUCAUCACUCCUCUCUCCUCUAGAGAGAGAAAACAAGAGAGAGAGAAAGAGCACAAAAUUAGAAAUGAAGAAGAGAUGUCUUUCUUCUUCUUCCUCCUCUUCCUCAUCUUCUUCCUGCAUUGAGUCACCAAUCACAGAAAAUGACCAACCCAAACACCCCCUCCACCCCAACCCACCUAAACGUCUCAGACCCAAGAAAAUUCUGACUACUGCUGCUGAUAACUCCGCCACCUCCUCCAAAUCACGAAGCUCCAUUUACAGAGGCGUCACCAGGCAUAGGUGGACCGGGAGGUAUGAGGCUCACCUCUGGGACAAGACUACAUGGAACAGCAUUCAGAACAAGAGAGGAAGACAAAUCUAUUUAGGAGCUUAUGAUAACGAGGAAGAUGCUGCCCGGACCUACGAUUUAGCAGCCCUUAAAUAUUGGGGCCCGGCCACUAUACUCAAUUUUCCGGUAGAGACGUACACCAAAGAGUUGGAAGAAAUGCAGAAGCUGAGUAAGGAAGAGUAUCUAGCUUCGCUGCGGCGGCGGAGCAGCGGCUUUUCUCGGGGAGUUUCAAAGUACCGCGGCGUUGCAAGGCACCAUCAUAACGGGCGGUGGGAGGCUCGGAUUGGGCGUGUUUGUGGCAACAAGUAUCUCUAUCUCGGAACCUACAGCACCCAAGAGGAAGCAGCAGCAGCAUACGACAUGGCAGCGAUAGAAUUCAGAGGUCCUAAUGCAGUGACAAACUUCGACAUCAGCAAUUACACGAAUAAGUUAAAGAAAGCCUUGCCGGAGAUACAAGUAAUACAAGAAGAGGCCCAAGUGAAGGAGGAAACGACUCCGGAACUCCUCAACAAGGUACAAACAGAUGAAGCACAUGAUCAUCAUGAGGACGCAAACCAAGAUGUUCAACCAAGUAUCCCCAAGACAGAAUCGAUAGACGCCAUCGACUCACAAGCCAUAGUCGUCAUGGACCCGACUGAGGACCACGAGCACCCUUGGGAUCUCUGCUUAGAUAUUGGUUUCAAUGUCCUCGAGAUACCCGACAUUCCACUGGAAAAGGCUUCGGAGGUAUUCGAUUACAAGGGCUUCGAGGAUGACAUUGAAUGUAUCUUUGAUACACCUUUCGGUGAUAAUGAGUUCCUCCCGGAUGCAAUGUCGGGCAACGACGGACGCAAGACAGAGGCGGAUAGUUCAGUGGGUCAGGACUUGAAUGGGGACAACGCCUCGCCUUCUCCUUCUUCGUCAUCAUCGUUGUCGACAAGCACAUCAGUUUGCAGCAACAUGUAACUUAGUUCAAAGUUUUGGUGAUCUCAGCCUUACCCUAUGUUUAGGUGAGGAAAUUAUUAGCUGUAGAGGAUAGGUGAAGCAUGCAUGCAGUGCUUCUGCACAAGC